AUCACAAAAACAAACAACACAAACUCCCAGAAUGAGCGGAGGGGAAGAAGAGAAUCGUCGUCGUCGGCGCCGAAAUGAGCUGCUUGCUCGCCUGCAAGCACCUAACGGAAAUGGGGCUCGACCCGACCGUGUUCGAGUUCUCGAAUUCCGUCGGCGGGGUCUGGUCGCAGACCAUCGAAUCCACAAAGCUCCAAACCCCUAAAUCUCUUUACCAGUUCUCCGACUUCGAGUGGCCAGAUUCCGUGGGUGCGCCCUUGCCGUGGGUCUUGGAGACGCUGGCGAUCACGCCGAUGCAGACUCCGACCACCAGGAUGAUGGAGACUCCUAUUCCGAUUGCUUUCUUGUUCAUCGCCAUUAUUGUGUGAUCUCUUAUUCUAGUGGCGGAUUUUGUUUAUGGUAUUGUGAAUGGCGGUGGGGAUUAUUAUUAUUAUUAUUAUUAUUAUUAUUGUUGUUGUUAUUAUUGAGGUGUUUAUUGGAAAUGUGUAUGAAGUGUGUUUACGUAUUGGUUGUUGAUGGAGGAUUAAGGGAGGAGGAGAGGGGUAUUUAUAUGUAUACGUAAACUAGUGAGGAAGAUGAUGGUGACGUGUUGUUUGUUUUUUGAUAAUUACGUGGAAAGAAUUUCUUUUUUUCAUUUUUUAUAAUUAUAAUUUUUUGUGAUAAUGAUGUGUAAUUUCUAAAAAUUUAAUUUUUAUUUUUAAUUAUUUUUUAUUUGCCACGUCACACAUUUAACGGUCAACUGUCAGAGUUGACCGUCACGUCAGACAAAGUUAAUGGAGGUUAACGGAGAGUGACUGAACUUGAACUGUUCAACUAAUUCGAGUGACUAUAAAUGGAAUAAAUCAUUUUGAGUGGC